UGUCUAUAGUCUCUUUAAAUAUAUUGAAAUCUUUGAAGUUAAUUGAUGUAAUUCAUAUAAAUAUUCUGAAUAAUUUUUAAUGUUUUAAGAGCAAUAGGUGAUGCAGUAAUUUUUUUUAAUCAAGUAUGUCUUGUAAUUAUGCUGAUGGUUUGUCAAAAUAUGAAAAUAAAGGAGUUUGUGGGUUGAAAGAGAUUCAUGAUGAUCCAGCACUGUUAGAAGAGAAAAUUAACGUAUUGGCUAACAUGAUAAAAGAAGCUAAACAUGUAGUUGUUCAUACAGGUGCUGGAAUCAGUACUUCUGCUGGUAUUCCUGAUUUCAGAGGACCGAAAGGAGUAUGGACUUUGGAAAAGCAGGGAACUAAACCAAAUAUUAAUGUAUCAUUCAACGAAGCCAAGCCUACAGUGACACAUAUGGCAUUAGUUGCUUUAUUAAAUAAUGGAUUUAUACAUUUCUUAAUCAGUCAAAAUGUUGAUGGUUUACAUUUAAAAUCUAAUUUUCCACCUGAUAAAUUAGCUGAGCUACAUGGAAAUAUGUUUCUAGACAAAUGCAAUCAUUGUGAGAGGUUGUUUAUUAGGAAAGAUGCAACUUCAACUGUUGGACAGAAGCAUACAGGACAUUAUUGUCCCCUUCCUAAAGCUAAUGGCAGGCGGUGCAGAGGAAAGUUGUAUGAUACUAUUUUAGAUUGGGAAGAUGAAUUGCCGGUUCGUGAUUUAAAUCUUGCUGAAAUCCAUUCUCGAAAAGCUGAUCUUAGCUUAUGUUUGGGAACCACUCUUCAGAUAAUUCCCAGUGGUAAUCUACCAUUAUUAACCAAAAAAUCUGGAGGAAAACUUGUGAUCUGCAACCUUCAACCUACUAAACAUGACAAGAGUGCAAAUUUAUUAAUUCAUGGAUAUGUAGAUGAAAUAAUGAUUAAACUGGCAAAGAUUUUGGAUGUUGAAAUUCCUGAAUACAAAGCAGCAUGUGAUCAAACUAAGAGCAUGCUUGAAAAGACUCAAGAAUAUUUACAUAAUGUAUGUGUCAAAACAGAUGAUUCUCCUAAAUCUGAAGGUAUUGGUUUUGAAGAACAUCGUGAUGUUAAAUUCAGUUUAGAAAACGUGAAAGAAGAAAAUAUUUCUCAAACAGAAUAUACAUGAUAUUUUAUUUCUUAAUUUUUUAUCAAAUGUUUUUAAUUUUUUAUAAAGUUGUUCCAGCACUUUUAUUAUUUGUGUGCUAUGACGGAUUUUAUACACAAGAUUUCAUUAUUUACAUAUAUAAUAGAUAUGAGUUUCAUCCUUUUUAAAUCUAAAAAUGAUUUGAAAUAAAACUGCAAGAUAUGUACAUACAUACAUUAUAUACACAGUAGAAUAUGCAGUUCUAUACAAAAAUGAUUAAAUUUAAAGUUAAAAAUGUCAUUAUAUAAUUUAUACAAAUUAUCAGUUUUUAACCAUUGAAUAAU